GCACCGCCGCCUCAUCGAGCCGGCUGCUCCCGGCUCUGCCCGCUCGUACUGCCGCUUCUCCGCGCUGGGUCCGGCGCCGGUUGCUUCGCCCCGCGCCCCGGCAGAGUGCCGGAGGGGGCGGCGGUCCGGCAAUGGCGGGGCGCGGGCGGCGGCGCUGAGAAGGGGGUUUGGGGAGGGAGAGAGGAGGUCGGCGCCAUGCGGUCCCUGAACAUCACCCCAGAGCAGUUCGCGCAGCUCCUGCGGGACAACAACGUGACGCGGGAGCAGUUCAUCGCCCUCUACGGGCUGCAGCCGCUGGUGUACAUCCCGGAGCUGCCGGGGCGCACCAAGGUGGCCUUCGUCCUCAUCUGCGUGCUCAUCUUCGCCCUGGCGCUCUUCGGCAACUGCCUGGUGCUCUACGUGGUGACCCGCAGCAAAGCCAUGAGGACUGUCACCAACAUCUUCAUCUGCUCCCUGGCGCUCAGCGACCUCCUCAUUGCCUUCUUCUGCGUCCCCUUCACCAUGCUGCAGAACAUCUCUUCCAACUGGCUCGGCGGUGCCUUCGCUUGCAAGAUGGUACCAUUUGUUCAAUCCACUGCUAUUGUAACUGAGAUUCUUACAAUGACCUGCAUUGCUGUGGAAAGACACCAGGGAAUUGUGCAUCCACUAAAGAUGAAGUGGCAGUACACCAAUAAAAGAGCUUUCACGAUGCUUGGCAUAGUCUGGUUGCUGGCACUUGUUGUUGGGUCACCUAUGUGGCAUGUGCAACGACUUGAGGUUAAAUAUGACUUUCUAUAUGAAAAAGUGUAUGUUUGUUGCUUGGAAGAAUGGUCCAGUCCGAUUUAUCAGAAGAUAUACACGACCUUUAUUCUCGUUAUUCUCUUCCUUCUUCCACUGAUGUUGAUGCUUUUUUUGUACACUAAAAUUGGCUAUGAACUCUGGAUUAAGAAACGAGUGGGAGAUGCUUCAGUUCUUCAAACCAUUCAUGGGAAUGAAAUGUCUAAAAUAUCAAGGAAGAAGAAGAGAGCAAUUGUUAUGAUGGUGACAGUGGUGUUUCUCUUUGCAGUCUGUUGGGCCCCUUUCCAUGUGAUUCACAUGAUGAUAGAAUACAGUAAUUUUGAAAAGGACUAUGAUGAUGUGACAGUCAAAAUGAUCUUUGCAAUCGUCCAGAUUAUAGGAUUCUUCAAUUCUAUUUGCAACCCUAUUGUGUAUGCUUUCAUGAAUGAAAACUUCAAGAAAAAUUUUUUGUCUGCCAUCUGCUUCUGCCUUGUCAAAGAAAAUGCAUCACCAACCAGGCAACUUGGGAACUCAGGUAUUACUAUGAGGCGGCAAAAGGCAAGUGUUUCUCAAAGAGAUCCCACUGACUCGGACGAAGCCAGGAGGGAGGCAUUCAGUGAUGGCAACAUUGAAGUCAAGUUUUGUGAUCAACCAGCUUCAAAAAGGAAUUUGAAAAGGCACCUUGCCUUAUUCAGCUCUGAGCUUACUGUGCAUUCUGCUUUAGGAAAUGGACAGUAGUAGCAUCACAAAGAUUUUGAGAAUGGAAAAAGGAUUCUCUUUAUAUGAUGACUUUCAAUAAGCCAUUUAAAAUAUUUUUCUACUUUGCAUGCUGAAAUAAGAGGAAAAAUAUUUUGUGGAUUGUUAUCAUGUUGGAAUAAUGGUUGAGAAAAUGUAAUAUAUUUUGUAAGGAUGAGGAGUAAAACUUUGGAAUACA